GAGCUGUCACCCAGUUUAAUGAUCAAACACUGAGCAAGAAGCAAAGAGAAGGGAAUCUGGAGAUCUCAGGUACCUCGACAAUGUGUUUUGUUUGAAGCAAGUGAACACGCCGGAGAGCCAUUUCAAACACAAAAAGCAGCGACAACACCACGGAUACAAUUUGAAUUUAAUUGACCGACUUUGGAAUAUAAAGAAAACACAUUAAUUUGCUUAAACUGUAUUUUGGACCAAGAUGAAAGCAAAGAAAGGAAUGCUAACGCUAUCUGGUAGUGAAACCGAGGAUGAUGACAGUAUGGGUGUCCCGCUUGACCUGUCCUCUACAGGCAAUGGGAAGAGGAAAAGACGUGGGAAUCUGCCUAAAGAGUCGGUGGAAAUUCUGAGAGACUGGCUUUAUGAACAUCGUUAUAAUGCGUACCCCUCUGAACAGGAGAAAGCACUUCUCUCCAAACAGACUCAUCUUUCUACACUACAGGUCUGUAAUUGGUUCAUCAAUGCUCGUCGGAGGCUUCUGCCAGACAUGCUGCGAAAAGAUGGCAAAGAUCCUAACCAGUUUACCAUUUCACGAAGAGGGAGUAAAAUUUCUGAGUCAAACAUCAUGGAAAGCUCUACGUCCCCCAAACCCUUGCUUUCUGGGAGCUUGGACGAGAGGUCAUUCCACACUUUUAACUCAGGACCAAGCCUAUCCAGCAAACACCUUUCACCAAAGAGCCCUUCUCCAGGUCCAGUGCUUCCCAGGCCAUCAGUUAUAUGCCAUACCACCAUCACUGCACUGCAAGAAAGGCCCCUGCAUUACUGCCAAGCAAUCAUAGACAAAGCCCAAGACUUACAUUCCACAAAAGUAUACAGUCUCUUCAAAUGUCAUGAAGAAGCAGAAACAGAAGGUAACUCAAGCCCUCAGAGUGGGCUUUUCAACACACCUCCCCCCACUCCUCCAGAUCUCACCCAGGACUUUAGCGGCUUCCAGCUCUUGGUGGAUGUUGCACUGAAACGAGCAGCAGAGAUGGAACUGCAGGCAAAGAAACUUGUGUCUUAAAAUCUUAACUGGAAUGCCAAAAUAGACUGGAUUUACUGACCACACAGACUAUAUAUAUAUAUAUAUA